UAGAAAUGUGUUCAUAUUUUUCACACUCGAGCCCCUUGACACAUGGCAAACAUAAAGUGUUUCAUAAUAUAAAUUAUUUUUCCUAAAAAACAUGGAUUUUUUAUACGAGUCAAUAGGACUUGGAGUAGAUUUAGUGAUCUUGGGAUUAUGUCUGCGGCAAUAUGUUAAUUACAAUCAUAGUGGAAGAAUGCUAAAAUCGGCAGCCCAAGUGCCCAUUGACGGCGAUUUGAGGAGCGCUUUGGAAAAGCAACAGGACAAGAAGAUACCCUUUGCGGUGAUACGGGGCACAGUGACGCCUAUAGGGCCGCCCAUACGGAGCACCCUUGUGCCCGGUGUGAGUGGAGUAUUGCAAAUUAUGAAGCUGACGGAGCAUCGAGUCACACGGGGAUUUGCUGGAUUUUGGACGGACAAUCUGAAAGUGCUGCAUGAGUCGGCCAAUUUGGUGCCUUUUGAGUUGCGCAAUCAGGGACAUGGGGUUGAGAUAAUAGAUGCACUUCGUGCUGGGGUAUUGGAUGUGGAUGUGGUCUAUGAUAAUUACGAACCAGCUACCAUGACACUGUGGGAUCAUAUUUUUGGUUUUAUCUCUGGCAUCAGGCAACGUGGUUUGCAGACCUCAGAGGCAGUGCUGCGCGAGGGAAGUGUUCUGACAGCCAUUGGGGAAUUGGAAUUGGAUGGCAAAGUGUUGCGUAUGCAGCCCUCCGAAGAUGGAUCUUUGAUUCUGACUACGGCUACGAAGGCCACAUUGAUACAACGAUUGGAAGAAGGUAAAUCAGCUCUAAUAUUUCGAAUGGCUUUCUAUGGUUCGAUAUCCGUUCUCCUGUUGGGGCUUAUCGCAAGAAAACUUUAUCUCAAACGGAAGCAGCAACGUGCCGAAGACGAGAUCCGUAAUCGACUGGAGGAAGAGCGCCGCGAGAGACGUGCUCUGAUGCGUCCACAGAAUCUCACCGACGAUCAACGUUGUGUGGUCUGCUCGUCAAAUCCUAAAGAGAUAAUUAUCCUACCCUGUGGCCAUGUCUGUUUGUGCGAGGACUGCUCGCAACAUAUCUCAAAUAUUUGUCCCGUUUGUCGUGGUAAAAUUGACUCCAAAACAGCUGCUUUUAUUGUCUAAUUGUCUUCAAAUUCAUGGAUAGAAUAACCUAGAUUUUUGGCUUUAUUUCUUGAACUUUAUACAUUUAAUUGGAUAUGGAAAAAGCGUUGCUUUUUUAAAUUGCAACUCUGAGCCACAGGAAUAUUUAUCUAUAAUAAAUUGCAUCACAAACUUGUUUGGAUUUUAGAUAUGCAAAUUUGGUGUCCUUUAGUCUAACUCGAAAACGACAAGAUAAACUCUCUCUCUCCCUCUCUGGAAGCUAAUCAAAAGCAUUUGCAAUAUGUGGAACUGCUGCAAACGAAACGAAACUUGCCACAAAUCUUGAAUUAAAUAUUAAAAUCGAGAAAAUCCACUUGGUUUUUAUGAGCAUUUUUUCUUUUGAAAUCCCAAAAAAAAAGGAAAAUCUCUGGAAAAGAAAAAAAAAAAAUCAAAUGGAAGCCAAAGUGAAAGAAGCUGCAAGCGAAAAAUUUGAAAUCAUGGAAUUUAAAUUGAAAUCGCAGUCGAAAUAAAGUGAAAUGAAGCGUUUAAAUUA